AUGGCGAAACUGGCAGCAUCAGAAAUGAUCUUCGUAACUUUGAACUACAACAUCACCCUCAUAGGGAAAGCAUGGCUAAUUCUGAUGGUAUUCCUAAGGAUCCUGGUCCUGCUAUUUGCUGGUUAUCCCCUCUACCAGGAUGAGCAGGAGCGAUUUGUGUGUAACACAAUUCAGCCUGGUUGUGCCAACGUAUGCUACGACAUGUUUGCCCCUUUGUCCCUUUUCCGCUUCUGCCUGGUGCAACUAACCACCCUGUGCCUUCCCUAUGCGAUGUUCAUCGUCUAUGUGAUCCACAAAGUGAAUUCUGGCCUAGCUGCUGAUAGCGGGGCCUCCGAGUCCAUAAAAGCAAACUCUGUUUAUAAGAUCCAGCAUGAGUCAUUCAGGAAAGCCUCUCGGUGCAAGACCGUUGUAAAGGCUGAGAUAGGGCGAUUGCAGCAUUUCACAGGAGCCUACAUCUUGCAGCUGUUACUUCGGAUGGUUGUAGAAGCUGGCUUUGGAGCUGCUCAUUACUACUUUUUUGGUUUCCACAUCCCGAAACGAUUCAUGUGUCAGCAGCCGCCUUGCACGACCAUGGUGGACUGCUACAUCUCCAGACCCACUGAGAAAACCAUAAUGUUGAACUUCAUGUUUGGAGUGGCCACACUGUCCUUCCUGCUAAACACAUGUGACCUAAUUUGUGCCGUCAAGCAUUCUGUGAGGCAAAAAAGCAAGAGAAAGAUGCUAUUUGAGAAGAUGUACGCAGAAGAGCAGUACUACCUUUCGGGGAAUGGAGGUCAAGGUGUUGACUCCAGCAUUCCAUCGGUUCAAGACAUGGUGAGCCCCAACUUCCGAAAAAGAGUGACCAGAAACUCAAGUGGUGAUGAAGCUGCUUCCAUUCUUCUAGAUGAUGACCCUCCUCCACUGUCACCUCUUGGAGGAAUUUCUGGAAUGCCUGGCUCUAACAACAAUGAUGAUAGCAGCAGCUACCAACCCACCCAAGAAGAAGGGAUGGUGCGAGGGGGCAGUGAAGUUGCCUUGUGCCCCAAUGAGCCUUUGGGGACACCCAGAUCCAUCCGAGUCAGCAAACGUAGUCUCCUAAAACCUCCGCCACCUCCACGAAUGGACAAACCAGCUGCUCCAGGGGCAGUUGAUGUCUCGGGAGCAACAGCAGUGUGUACCCGGAGAGUAGGGCAAUAUACAUUGGUAGAGAUGACCACUGGUGACGACAUACCAUCUUGUGGAGGAGAUGGGCAAGAGAAGAGGUCGGAGUGGGUUUGA